AUGUCCAAGAUAUCCAUUUUGAAUUCCGUAUUUUCGGAAAUCGAAAAGUUGGACUCGGCCGAAGAAUACAAAAGAAUCAUUAAACUCGUCGAGAAACAUAUACCUCAGUUUCCCGAAGAGUUGUCGUUGGUUCAAUCAAAAGUUGUAUGUCUGAUCCAUCUAAACCAGAUAGAAGACGCAUAUAACUACAUACUGAAGAAUGAAGAGUCACAGAAAUUUACGUUUGAAAAAGCUUAUUGUUUGUAUCGCUUAAACCGCUCUGAAGAAUCAUUAGAACUGAUAAAUGAAGAACCUAACCCUGCACACAGUUUUAAAGAAUUGAAAGCUCAAAUUCUUUAUAAGUUGGAAAGGUAUAAUGAAUGUUUUGACAUGUAUCGAGAUAUUAUCAAACAGAGUAAAGACAGUUUUGCAAAUGAAAGGGAAUCAAAUCUUACAGCUGUUAUUUCUCAACUUUCUAAGUUAGGAGAUAAUAAAUAUGACAUUCCAACUGUUAAGCAACAUAACACUUAUGAAUUUAUGUAUAACAUUGCUUGUGUACUAAUUGAAAGAAGAGAAAUUGAAAAAGCUCAAGAAUUACUUGAUCAGGCUGCCAAAUCAUGUAGAAAUACAUUGGAAGAGGAGGAAGCGACAGAAGAAGAAAUUCAAGAAGAGCUAACAGCUAUUAAAGUGCAAGGGGCCUAUUGCUUACAAAAGUUAGGUCGUGAUAAAGAAGCACAAGCUGAAUACACUGACGUAUUAAAGUACAAGCCAAAAGAUAUUGGAUCUCUAGCUAUUGCUUCAAACAAUUUGGUAGUGCUAAAUCGGGAACACAAUGUGUUUGAUUCGAAAAAAAAACUUAAGUCAACAUUGUCUGAUGAAUUAACUCAGAAGUUGAAUACCUGGCAGUUGAAAAGAGUCAUGUUGAAUCAUUGUCGUUUUGCUUUGAUCACUAAUCAACUAGACCAGUGUACUCAAUUGUGCAACAACAUUGAAAAUAAAUAUCCUGAUCUAAUUGAAGAUAUUAUACUAUUAAAAGCAGUCAUGUUAUGGCGUCAAAAUAAAAAUUCUGAAGCUAUUGAUUUAUUGAAGAAGUUUGUAUACAAACAAGAAAAUCCCACUGCUAAGCUCAAUUGUACCUUGGUGGCUGUAAAAUUAUUAUUAUUACAGAACAACAGUAAUGAAGCAAUUACUUUACUGGAAAAUCUUGGUGAAUUUAAGUAUAAACUUGGAAUUGUGAGCACACUUGUUACACUGUAUUUAAAUGUUGACAAUUUUAAAGCUGCAUCUGACUUAUUUAAUGACACUUUGUCUUGGUACAGUCAAAAAGAGGUGGAUAAUUCAAAAAUAACCAUUUUAUUAAAACAACUUGCAAAAUUACAUUUGCGGGAACAAGAUCCCAAGGAAGCUGCUAAACGUCUAACGCGACUACUUGAAUUAAAUCCUAAUAAUAAAAAGUUUUUGGCGCAACUCAUUAUCGCCUACACACAGUUUGACCCGGAAAAAGCUCAAAUGUACAGUAAACAACUUCCUCCAUUGGACCUCCAAGAUACUGACAUAGAUUCACUUGAGAAUACUAACUGGAUGAUGGGAUCUAAGUUAAUCAAAAAGUCCACAUUGAAACCAGAUUUUGCAGGAUCCAAGACAGAAGUGGAGAAGAAACGUAAGAAGAAGAGAAAGAUUAUAUUGCCCAAAAAUUUCAACCCAGACGUGCCUCCUAAUCCUGAACGUUGGUUACCAAGACACGAACGUACUGGAUACAGGAAGAAGAAAGACAGGAGAAGCAAAGAAACAGGCAUUGGUAAAGGAACGCAAGGGGCCAGCAAUGUGUCAAGUGAACAAUUUAACAUCAAAAACAUUGCGGCUCAACCUAAACCACAGACUGCUCAAAUGCCUUCCGAGAAUGCACCCAGGCUUCAACACCGAAAGGGAGGACAAUAUAAAAAGAAGAAGAAGGGAAAAUAA